AUGGCCAAGGACAAGGAGCGGUCCGUAAAUCCGGCGGCAGCGCACAGGAAACAAGAGAAGCAGAAAAGUCUGAAGAAGGGAAAGGCUGAGCAGUUAGCGCGACGAAAUGAGAAACUUGCGCGCCGCAACCCAGACCGGAUUCAGCGACAGAUUGAAGAAAUGAAAUCGGUCGAGCAAACAGGAGGACAAUUACGACCACGGGACAAAGAGGUGCUUGAGGCACUGGAGAAGGAUUUACGGGCGGUCUUGAAGGCCCGUGAGGCGCUCGGCGAUAAGGCACCUAAGUUCCACCCUAGUCGUGGAGGGGAUUACGGACAUGAUGGGCGAGACGCUGUACUCGGCAAGCGGAGACGAGAUGAAUUUGCCCCACCUGCAGACAGCGAUUCUAGCGAAACGGACGAGGAUGUGCGCCGGAUACCAAUGCCCCGGGAUACACCCCCGCCAAUCCCCCGGCAGCCACGGAAACGGGGUGAGGCUGAUAGGGAGGCAGAACGGCGUGGACCCCAUGCGCUUCCAACUAGACCACCUGCUCCUGAGGCAAAGAAGGUCUAUGAAGCACAGCCUGAAAUUCGGGAUCUGCGAAAGGAGGCUGUUAAUAAGUUUAUUCCUGCUGCGGUGCGGAUGAAGCAGGACUCGAUCAAGGGCCAAGGAAAAUUGCUUGAGCCGGAAGAGAUGGAUAGGCUUGAGAAAGCCGGGUAUUCGGCUGGCACACAACAACCUACUGAUGAGCAACUUUCAUUGGAAGAGGAAGAGCGACGGUUCAAUAACGAGCUAAAGACCGUUCAGAUUGAGGAGGUUGAGGAUGAAGAUGCAUAG